UGGGCGGGAGUCUGAGUGGAGCGAGCGAGCUAAGUGGUUGUAUAGUUGAGUCCCAGAGACCGGUAGCGCUUGCAGCAUGGCUGACCAACUGACUGAAGAGCAAAUUGCAGAAUUCAAAGAAGCUUUUUCACUAUUUGACAAGGAUGGUGAUGGAACUAUAACAACUAAGGAAUUGGGAACUGUAAUGAGGUCUCUUGGGCAGAAUCCCACAGAAGCAGAGUUAUGGGACAUGAUUAAUGAAGUAGAUGCUGAUGGUAAUGGCACAAUUGACUUCCCUGAAUUUCUGACAAUGAUGGCAAGGAAAAUGAAAGACACAGACAGUGAAGAAGAGCUUAGAGAAGCAUUCUGUGUAUUUGAGAAGGAUGGUAAUGGCUAUAUUAGUGCAGCAGAGCUCCGCCAUGUGAUGACAAACCUUGGAGAGAAGUUAACAGAUGAAGAGGUUGAUGAAAUGAUCAGGGAAGCAGAUAUUGACGGUGAUGGUCAAGUAAACUAUGAAGAGUUUGUACAGAUGAUGACAGCAAAGUGAAGACAUUGUACAGAAUGUGUUAAAUUUCUUGUACAAAAUUAUUUAUUUGCCUUUUCUUUGUUUGUAACUUAUCUGUAAAAGGUUUCCCCCUACUGUCAAAAAAAAAAUGCAUGUAAAGUAAUU